CGAACCUCUAGAGCACUUCGUGCAGAGUUUUACAGCGGCUCUUUGAGACUCUACCGGCGCUGGAUCCUUUGCGCUGCGAAGGUGAUCGCAAUGGCUGGUACUCCAGAGACGUUAAAUUUGAAGAGGAAGAGGGAAGGGGCAGAGCCACACAGGAAGAAGGCGAAGAGAGAAGAAAAGAGCAAGGCGGCGGAAGCGGAAGCGCAGAACGGUACUCCUGGGAAAGUGGAAACUGCUACGCCGGUAGCCAAACCGACGCCCAAGCCGACGCCGACACCGAAAGCGAAGCAUGGACUUUCAGAGAAGCCUCAGACGAACGGUGCGCGCGAGUCCGCUGCUGGUACGCCCUCAAGCUCGCGGAAAGACAGGAAGCAAUCCAAAUUGAAGGGUGCUCAUGGUCUGGAAAUCACCAAUGCACCAGCAGUUAGGGUUGAGGACCAGGCUGCCGCGGAAGCCACUCCCGUACGGGAGCAGAAAAUUGUCGGUGGAAAUGCGGUCGCUGCAGAAAGCGCAUCUAAAGACUCUAAGACGAAAAAGAGCGAGAAGCAAAAAUGGAAAGAGCGCAAUCGGAAGAGCGAAAACGUAAUCAAGGAGAAGGUCCCCGAAAACAGCAGGACCGAGGAGUCUAUUGCAGCGUCAAGCGGGCAUGGCGAUAAAGAGGCCCAGCCUUCAAAGAAGAAGAAAGAGAAGAAGAGCAAGGGUAUAUCAUCCGAUCGCUGGUCGAUAUCCGGCCCCCAUGGAGGCUGGUUCUUGCCGCAGGAUCCUGUGUUCUCCCGAGACGAGAAGUGCCUUCUUCUGGCCAAACUGCAAGCCCUGGAGGUAUACUCAACAGAGACAUCGUUGCUUGCAAACGAGCUUCCUUUGCGUGGCUCAGCAGUGAUCUUAGCCUACGCUCUGUCUGCUUCCGAGCCGAACCAUGUCUAUAUUGUAGACUCCGCCGGUAUCGUUACACUACGAAACUGGACCAACAGGUCCAUGAUUGGGCGCUGGGACAUUGGAGGGAACGUGCGACAUUUGGCAGUGGUCACCCAGCCGGAGUCUGCCCUUGAUCUGCUGUACUGUUACGAGGCCGGAGGCAGCCAUAUCAUCAACGUGCAUGCCCUCCGCACAGCGAAUCAAAGUGCUCCGACGGAGCUCAAGUGCAUACUGAAAAGCAGCUCCCCGAUCACCGGGCUGCAAGUUUUCCUCCAAGGAAAGAUCGUCGUCGUCAGCUCGGCCGACUCCAUUAUGAUUGGCAAGCCCACAAAGCUUCACAAAACGGCGUUGCAGGAUUUGGGGUACACGUGGCAAGAAUUCAAGACGUCUAAGCGCAUUACUGCCUUCAAUGCUCACAUUCGACUUCCGGAGAAUCUAAAGGGAAAGAACCUAGAACAAGACCCUCGAGACCACUUGGAUCUUGCCAUUGGGGACGAGGAAGGCGCUAUACACCUCUUUGAAGAUAUACUCGCAUCAUUUGCUGCGAUCGAAAAGAGUCAAAAAGGCGGCAAAGACAAGAGCAUCGGUCCCGAAAGUCUCAGGCCGAAGCGUCUUCACUGGCAUAGAGAUGCGGUGGGUUCGCUGAAGUGGUCACUAGAUGGUAACUACCUGAUCUCGGGAGGCAACGAAACGGUCAUCACGAUAUGGCAACUUUCGACCGGGAAGCAGCAACACCUCCCUCACCUUACCGCGGCGAUUGAGCAUAUCGUGGUGUCUCCGUCCGGCGCAUCGUAUGCCAUUUCACUCGCGAAUAACUCCGUAAUCGUGCUCUCAACGUCGGAACUGGAGGCGAGGACGAACAUCGUCGGAGUUCAGUCGCGGAGGAUCGACCUGGAGCAACUACCGCGCGAGACCAACCCGAGAAUAUAUCCGUUUGAGAUCUUCGGUCCUAUUCCUAUGGCUAUUGAUGCAGAGGACGGAAAACGUGUGCUGUUUACCACGCCAUCGUCUCAGCCGCGUCAUCGGCGGCGUUCAGGGCUCGUUCCUGAACCCUACCUUCAAACCUUUGAUAUGGCUACGCAACGCGCGAUCUCACGGCAGGCUCUCACCCGGAACAAUGCUACGGACCCGAACAUGGGCCCUGAAGGCAGGAGAAUAGAUGAGCCGAGUGUCAAGUUCCUACAGGUCAGUUGUGACGGAAAAUGGCUUGCUACGGUUGACGAGUGGAUCCCGCCGCGGGCCGACAUGGGCUUCCUCGAGGAAGGCAUACCUGCGUUUAACGAAGAGGAGCGGACGUACCGCCGAGAAGUCUACCUCAAGUUCUGGCUGUGGGAUGCAAAGAGUUCGCAGUGGUCGCUCGGUACUCGCAUUGAUGCGCCCCACUUCCUUGAAGCGUUAUCGGCGCAUGCCUCCGUUUUCGACCUCGUUGCGGAUCCUUCUGGACUGGGCUUCGCCACUGUAGGUGAAGACCGAUUUAUUCGCGUCUGGAGGCCUAGGACGAGAAUACAAGGUGGUCUCGUUGUUCGUGGAGCCGACAAACCCCAAGGUCUUGUUACCUGGUCUCUUGACCGCUUGAUAACGAUACCGAGUCAGCUCGACGUCGGCGAGACGAACGGAGAUACACAGGAAUGGUCAGACUUGCGCACCUGUCGGUUAAGCUUCUCUUCGGAUGGCUCGGCCCUUGCUGCUGGCGUCUCAUGGAUGUCAGAGGGUCAAUCCGGUGUAAUCCACAUCGUUGACACGGAAGCAGGCAUCAUUCGACGUUCGAUAACAGAGCUAGAAAUGCGUGCACUGUCCGGUAUUGGGAUCAUUGGUCGCUAUCUGGUCGCUGUUAGCGGCUCCGUCAUUGUGUGGGACAUGGUGUUGGAUCAGCUCGUUUAUUUCUUCCCUGUCGAAACCCCCGGUGUUGACAUUGAGAACCGCGCCCCGUUCGUACGGCUUGCAGUCAAUGAAGAGGACGGCACUUUUGCGGUCUCGGUCCCACAGUUCGAGAAGAACCACAAGUCGAAGUCGCGAGACACCAAGAGGUUCAAGAAAGCAUCCGCCAAGGUCCACAUUUUCAACACCGACAACCUAAAAGCACCCUGGAGUACAAAGCUUCCUGGUAUCGUCCUGGGUCUGGCUCCUGUGAGAGGUAGAGGAUAUGUCGCCCUGGACUCGGCAUCAAGCAUUCGCGUCAUCGGUCCAAAAGCCAUCGCACUCCAACUCCCUACUCCGCCGCCUGGGCCUGAGCCACAGCUUCUCGCCGACGGUAUGGAUGUGGAUAUAAAGGAGGAAGAUGAUGAUACACAGACAGUGUCGAAAAAGAGGGUAUCGCUGUCGCAAUUCGAGGCCAAUGAGGGGCUUUGGCAGGAUUCUGAGAACGACAAGCCUGUCGUCAGGCCGGAACAGCUACAGGAUUUGUUUGAAAGAGGGCCCUCGCACUCAACGCCUGCAUGCAGGGAUCAGUUCAGUGCCUUCGUUGCAUUGCGUGCUCGGAAACCAAACCCUCAUCUAGGAUUGCUGGCAUAGCUUAGCAGAAGGGCAAAAUGUUAAGGGGCUCGAUGCAGAAAAUACAAUACAGACGGUUCAUGCAGUCCCCGU